AUGGAGUGGGCAAAGCAGACCUACAAUGACCAGUACGAGAAGUGGAUGCCGUGGAUCGAGGAUUUCUAUCUUCGCUGGUUCACCAAUGACAACAAGACUAGCUAUGUUGCUAAGCAGAACCUCGACAAAACCAAAGUCACAGGCAUCCAACAAGUCGAUACCCUGCAAGACGGAGUACAUAACCUAGUGGCAGGCCAGGUCGGGCAAGGCGGACUUCUCCAGCCUAUCGGGGAUCUUGCAUCCCGGGAGGGCAUCAAUCGAGCCGAGCGACAGGGCAAGGACGACCAAGGAGGUUACGUGCCCGGCGCAAGCUCCGUUCCCGGCGGCCAGGCCCUUAACAACGGUGUCGGCGCGACCGCCAAUGGCCUCCAGGCUGCCGGAGGUGCUGCCGCCAAUGGCGUCAUGAACGCUGGAGGCUACGUCGGCGGGCUAUUCGGUGGCGGCCAGAAGAAGGUUGAAGAAAAUGGCCAGCAGCGCCAGUGA